CGUUACACUGGCGUUAAAUUGGGUUACCUCCCUGAAUGAUUACUAUUGCGACCCUGCACUGACACACAAGAGCGCAAUCGACAGUUUGAGUUGGAGGUGGAACCCAGCCAGCAUUCUCCUUCUGCUACGCAGAAUUAACCCAGUUUGUGGAUACUUAAUGGUCUGUGCUUGGACGCACAGCGGGUUACAAGCUUUUUCCUGGGAGGCAUCGUUUACAAGAUCCCGCUUCAGAGCGCAAUACUCAAUUGUUGCUUACCAUCGUGGCCAGCCAUAACACCUGCCGUGGAGAAGAGUGCCAUUUUAAGUAAACAUACACCACUCUGUAUCACGCAUUGAAAGAUUUAUCGUAUUGUUUGCGCGGAGUGGCAGUGGUCCUUUUUUGCUUCAGGCGGGGAGCUUUCUCGUUGCCGGUGGAUACGUUCUGCACCCUUCCGGAGAGAGCAGAUGCAUGGUCCGGAGCCGAACACUUCUCAUGCAUUCCCCUCCUGAUCCGUGAAACCAUUUUGACAACAGACCCCCCUUUUGCAACGCUCAUUAAGGAUUAUUUUGAGUUGUUCAAAACUGGUGCGCAAAGCCACACAGUUGAAACUUUUAAACCGAUAUCCACUCGAAAUGACGGAGAACAACGAGAUGGAGAACGAGUCACAGCCCCACUGUACACUUCAGCGGUCACCGAGCACUAUGUCCAUCACGCCCGUGUCAAAGCUCCAGCGCUUGAAGUGUUCGCUGAAAUUCAUGCGGAGCAAGAGCGUGGAGAACUUCUUCCAGCGCUCUUACAGCGAUGCCCGCUUGCCCCCCGACUUCCAGUCUGACCCCUCGCCGCCCUCCCCGCCCCUGUUGCCGGGCACCCCGUUCUCCAGUGGCAUCUCUCCGUCCCUGUCGCCCUCCAUCAGCCCCAACCCCUCCUCGAGCCCCACCCCCUCCAUCCCACUGACACGCCCCCAGCUCAUCCACUGCUUCCUGGAGCAUGUGUUCCGUCGGCCAACCAGCUGCCAGCUCUGCAAGCACGUCAUUGUGGGGAAUUCUAAGCAGGGGCUUCGCUGUAAGACCUGUAAGAUGGGAGCACACCUCUGGUGCUCCUCUGAACUCUCACAGCAGCCCUGCCAAGGAAAGUCCGGGAUGUUCAAACGCAAUUUUAGCUCCCCGUUACUAGGCAACGACCAGCUAGGUGCGGUCAAAGAGACUCAGCCUAACCCAGUUUUAGACCCAAGGGUUCGUGUGGAUCCUGUCUACGCAGCUCUGCGAUAUGGCACCUCUUUGGCUCAGAUGAGUCGCUCCAGUUUUGGGAGUGUGUGUGAAUCUCCUACCCACAGCCUGGGAGAAGGGGGGGAGGAGAGAGACGAGAAUGAGGAGAGGGAGGAGAGAGACGAGGGAGAGGAGGGAGAGGAGGGGCCGAUGGGGAUGGACGAAGAAGCGGGUCAGGAGGCCCAGGAGGCUCAGGAGGCUCAGGAGGCUCAGGAGGCUCAGGAGGCAGGAGACAGCGAUUCCCCUCUGCCUGAGUCUGAAAAGACAGAAGAAGCAGAAGCAGAAGCAGAAGAUGCUGUGAAAGUGCCCAGACAGGUGCACUCCAUCCAUACCUACGUUGCGCUCUAUAAGUUUCUGCCGCAGGAGCCAAACGACCUUGAACUCCAUCCUGGUGACAGAGUUCAGGUCACUGAUGACUCCAACGAGGAGUGGUGGAAGGGCAGGUGUGGGGACAAGGUGGGCUUCUUCCCCGCUAACUUCGUACAGCGGGUCCGUCCCGGCGAGAGGGUGUGGCGGGUGACGCAGGGUAUCCAUGGCAACCGGGGGAUGGGUCACAUGGCAGUGAAGGAGGCACAGAUUUGUGUUGGGAGGGAUGAGGACAGCGAAGGCUUCCUGAAGAUGAGCAGUGGGAAGAAGAGAGGUCUGGUCCCAGCUGACUCCCUGGAGGAGAUCUGACAUCAGCAGGGAUCAGGAUCCCCCUCAGUGCUCCCCCUCAAACAUCCGCACAGUACCUCCCUUGCAAUACCCGACCGCCUUUUUGUCCCACCCAGGCACCCGUAGGCUAGCCACCACUCCUCAGUACACCAAUCCCAGCCCUGAGUACCUCCAGUGGUUUAGUUCUGCUCUCUCUACGUCGCCGCUGCUGCACUGUAGUCUCAUCUCCGUCUCUCCACCCAACCACCCGGCAUAUGUGACUUCUCUGGCACGAAGACAUCACUCUGCUACUCCACAAAGUCCCCCCUGUAAUCCCCUCGAAUCUCAGAGAUAUUCACACAGACGGACACAGACAGGUGUAGACAUACUCAAAAGGUAUACACAAUCAAAAACACAUACAUGAAUACAUACACACCUGCAUACACACACACACACACACACACACACAC